AUGGGAAAGAAUCAGACGCCAAAACUAUAUCUGCUUCUCGGCCUCGAUCAGAGCGCCACUACUCGAGAUAUUGUUAAGGCUUAUAGGCUUGCUGCGCUAAAGUCACACCCAGAUAAGCUAGCAGGGCUAAGCGAAGAAGACCAGGAAAAGGCCAAGAAUCACUUUGUGCAGCUCCAGCACGCCUAUGAAAUAUUAAGGGACGAUGAAAAAAGAAAAAAUUACGACGUUUUCGGUUGGGAGGGUGAGGGCGACGUGUCAUUUUCAGCCGCCUUCGACUUCUACAGGGCUCCAGUGCAGGAAGAGGACAUAGAGGACUUUUCCAAGACUUACAAAGGAAGCAAGGAGGAAGACGAGGAUCUCAUGGACUACUACAAUAAACACAACGGAGAUUUGACGGACAUUCUGUUCUGCAUUCCUCUCUCAGAGGCAGAUGACCUGGAUAGAUUUGUAGAGUUUUUUAACAAGAGCAUUAAAUCGAAGAAGCUAAAAUCGACUGAAGAUUUCAAGAGGACGUCUAAGCCAAAGCAGAUGAAGAGCGUGAAAACCAAGUAUGAGAAGUCGUGCAAGAAGGCGAAGAAGACUGACGAGGACUUGGACUUUGAGGAACUAUCGGCGCAAAUAAUGGCGAAUCGUAAAAGAAGAUACAACGAUUUUUCAGGCCUAAUUGCAAACCUUGAGUCUAAAUACGGAUCAAAAAAACUGAAACUUUCAAAAUAA